UCAUAAAUACUGCUGAGAUGAUACAACAAAAUAGUGACAUAGUAACAACAGAAAAUAAAAUAUACUCCUUGAAACAAGAAAAUCAGACAAAUAACAACGCUACUGUAAAUGAACUGAAUAUUGGUGAUCGAACGGUUGAUAAAAGAAAGGUUUCCAGGAUUGACAGAUCUAAGGGACUUUCAUCUUUUACAACUGCUCUAAUGGGAAUUGUUUUUAGCCCGGAAGAGAUGGGGACAUGUACUAUGACAGGUGAAGUGAGUAACUUCCAAAAAAAGACAAUAUCAUCGAAUACAACUAUAGCAUCGUCAAAAAAACAAUUGGACCCUGUUAUCAAAGAUGCCUUCAUCGAUUUAAUAGUGGAAAGUAGUGGUUAA